GAGAGGAAGGUUUUUGUAAAAUUGUUUCCUUUCUGUAAAACGUAAAGAUACGUGAGAGAGAGAGAAGAAGCUUUCUUUAACAAGUCGUGAAGGCUCUCCUCGAGCGAUGCGUUGAAGGCGAGAGAGUGACAAUAAAAAUGGCGAAAAUAUCUUUCCUCUCUUCUUCUUAUUCUUCUUCAUUUUCCUCUUCUUAUAAAGAAAACCAACACGAUCCUCAUUUAUAAAACCUAGAUUUCUCUUCUUCGAUCUGUGAAAACCAAUUUUGUCCUAAUCGAGAUGGCGGAGGCGACGAAAGUUCUGUACUUGGUGGUGGUCGACGACGAGGUUAAGGCGGCGGCGAUUCGAGAUGGUAAUGGGGAGGAUUCAUUUAGGUAUACGCGUCCUGUAUUGCAGAGUACUCUUCAGCUCAUGGGAUGCAAGGCGCGUCACGCCUUCAAGAUCAGCCGCAGGGUUUACGAGUUAAUAAGAAGUGAGGGAUCUUGUAAGUCCUCACCAGAGCCUGGGAAGGAGCCUGAAUUUGCAAAAAGAGGUGGUGGUUCAAGCUGUGUAGAGAAAGCUAACUGUUUGGUUGCUGAUGAUGUUGACAAGGACAAAAGCAAACCAUUUGAGAUGUACAAGAGACGCACUACUGUUGUUGUUUCGCGACAAAUAUUCCUGGAUGUUGUGUGUGAUUGCCUGGCUGAAUAUAAGUACGUUGGCCGUGACCAAAGGGCAGAUUUGAUUCUUGCAUGCAGAAUCCGAGAAAGGAAAGAAUCUGUAACUGUUCUGCUCUGUGGCACCAGUGGCUGUGGUAAAUCUACAUUGUCUGCAUUGCUGGGUAGUAGGCUGGGGAUUACGACUGUGGUAUCAACUGACUCUAUAAGGCACAUGAUGAGGAGCUUUGCUGAUGAGAAGCAGAACCCUUUACUAUGGGCUUCAACGUACCAUGCUGGAGAGUACCUUGACCCUGUGGCGGUUGCUGAGUCGAAAGCCAAAAGAAGAGCCAAAAAGUUGAAAGGCUCUCGAGUUUUAAACUCUAAUUCCCAAAAGACGGUCGCUGGCUCAAGCUCGAGCACCACUGAGUUGUUAAGUGAUAAGCAGAUGGCUAUAGAAGGGUAUAAGGCACAAAGCGAGAUGGUGAUUGACAGUCUCGAUAGGCUCAUUACAACAUGGGAAAAAAGGAAAGAAUCUGUAGUCGUUGAAGGUGUCCACCUAAGCCUUAACUUUGUGUGUGCAGCCAAUUCGUUAAGUUCGAAAGGAAUGUUUCAACUGAUCCAAAGAACAGGCUCUUCUAGGCGUUUAAUGGCUCUUCUGAAUACUGACGGCACUGUAGCGAAAACUUGGCCUGUUGGUUCCGUUAAUGAUAUGGAGAAGCCAGUCUUUGGCACUGAGAUGGAUGAUGGAACAGAGCAUCCCAUUUAUGGAUACUUACAGAAAGCUGAACCGGUGAAUCUUCAGUUCGGUCUCCUUGGUGUCAGCGCUUGGCCUAACGAUGGCGCAACUAGUCACGCAGGGAGUGUAGACGAGUCGAGAGCAGAUUUUAACGAAACCGGAAGUAGACAUUACUCUUCUAGCUGCAGUUCGCCACGUAUAUCUGAUGGGCCUUCGAAAGAGCGUAAGGCGGAGCAGUCUGUAGAUGGAAGCGAUGAAGAUGAAGAAGUCGAUGAUGAUUUCGCGGAGCCAGAUUCUGAUGAAGAUUUCAGCGAUAACAAUGACGAACGAGACCGUGAAGAGGUUGGAUCUGUGGAUGAGGAAUCGACAAAGUCAGAUGAAGAGUAUGAUGAUCUGGCAAUGCAAGACAAUAGUUACUGGACAGACAACGAAGAAGAAGAGUCACGAGAUACAAUCUCCAUGGUGUCUGAAAACAACCACAAGGAGGCUACAACAAAGCCCAUCAAAGACGACAAAUACAUGCAAAACCUCGACCUUUUCCUCAGGACAGCGAACCAGCCAUUGACUGAAUCUAUUGAGCUCACGUCUGAGUACAAGAACAGAAUGGUUGCAGCUGUCUCGGAUAAAGCGAAGAUGAGGAAACGUUCACUUAGUAUUCCGGCUGCGGUCGGGAAACAUGGUUCGAUCAUUGAUGACCAUCAGAUUUUGGCUAACCAGACUGAUCCAAUUAUUUUGAAUGCCCCGUAGAGAACUCUUUGCCUGUGUAUUUUUUUUCUUCCGGUUUUGUGUUUUAGCCUUUUAGAUAGCUUUAGGUUUCCCAAAACUGAUUGAAGUGUUUUAAUUAUAAUUUUCUGUUUUUUUUUUCUUCUAAUUGUAUUCUUUUUUUUCUCCACCAUAUUUCAACAGUUACUUUAUUUCAUUAUAUUGUACUAAGGUCAUGUUUUCUUUGUAGGUUUCCACCAGAUUCUCA